AUGCCUCGAUCCGGUGGCCGCUCCCGUCCCGCUAUGCGCCCCUCCGCGCCCGCUCCAUCCUCCCAGCAGACCCGAUCUUCAUCCACUGCCGCCGCUCCCCCCGCGGCCGCAGCGUACCCCCAGGCUGGUGCCGGUGCGGGUAUGGGCCGACCCCCAGGGCUGCUCGCGCAGGCGGCAUCGACGAUGGGCGGUGCGGUGGCCGGAUCGGUUAUUGGGCACGGAAUCAGUAGUAUGAUCUUUGGGUCAGGGAGGCCCGUAGACCAGUCGAGGGCCGAUGUGCCCCCUCCGGCGGAGUAUGCGCAGGCGGCAAGGGCGGAGUCGGGGGGUUGUGAUAUUCCGGCCAAGGACUUCACAAAGUGCAUGGCAUCGACCAACGACGACUUCCAGUCUUGCUCGUACUAUCUCGAGGCAUUGAAGGCUUGCCAGGCUGCCGCCAAGCCGUACUAG